UACAGUAGGCGGGGCUUCCCUCGGAAUGGGCAGAGAGGGCGUCGGGCGACAUACAGUGACUAUCGCUGAUUGCGACUCCCGCAACCUAUAAAAUCUCAGUUGACUCGCCAUAACUGUGAGGUCUUCGAAAUAUGUCCAUCGCACAAAAUUUUGUCAAACACGGCAAGAAAAUCCUUGCUAUCGGAAGAAACUAUGACGCCCACAUCAAAGAGUUGGGAAACCCACCCAACGCCGAGCCGUGGUUUUUCCUCAAGCCCACCACUUCGUAUUUGCGGAAUGGCGGAACCGUUCUGAUUCCUGAAGGUGUACAGAUGCAUCAUGAAAUUGAACUUGGUGUGGUCAUUGGGAAAGAUGGCAAGGAUGUCAAAAGAGAGGAUUGGGACCAGUAUGUUGCAGGAUAUGCUCUCGGAAUCGACAUGACCGCCCGGAACUUUCAACAACUUGUCAAAGCGAAAUCUUUGCCUUGGACAAGCGCGAAAGGCUUCGAUACAUUCUGUCCUAUCUCUGAUUUUAUUCCAAAGGAGAACAUAAAGGAUCCAAUGAAUCUCGUUCUGUGGAUAAAGAUAAACGGAGAAGAAAGGCAACGGGGGAACACCGCAGAAAUGAUAUAUGACAUCCCUGAGCUCAUACGGCACUGCUCAAGUAUUAUGACCCUUCAGGAAGGGGACCUUAUACUUACUGGCACACCCGCAGGUGCAUUAGGACUCGUCGUUCACGGAGACAAGAUAUCCGCUGGACUGGAAACACCCGAAGGAGAGGUGUUAACAAGCUGGGAUGGUAAUGCAGCAGAUCGCGUGGGUGGAUACGUUUUCAUCCAGAAUGCAUAUGUGGCUGGCCAGGCGCGCGUUUUGCAGCAAUAAAUCACGAUGUCUAUCUGGCGUUAAAUCAUACAAAAACCCAUCCAAUGUACGCAAUAGUUAUCAACUACAAGUUCAAAUCCGGGCAGAAGCUGCCUUGUUCGACUGUUCCACCUCUCGAGUUAGUUUGACAUCUAUGUCAAAA